CAAUUUCCACAGCUCAUUUCAGAUUUCCCUCCCUUCCUCUCUCCCUCUCUCUCUCUCUCCUUUCCCCUCCUCCUCUUCUGUCUCCUCACAGUUCUGCAUUCUUUCCCUCCUCCCCUGUUCUCUUCUUAUCUUCCAAUCCCAUGUGCUUCUUCUCCUGAUCCCAACCCUUACCGCUUCAAACUUCCAUUCCAACUGUAUCCAUCCGUUUAUUCUUUCACUUUCACAUCAAUCUUCUUCUUCUUCUUCUUCUUCCUUCUGCUACUUCUUCUGAAUCCUUGGGUUCCGCACCACUAAAGUUCUCUUCUAUCCUCGCCUCCUUGUCGCCUCUCUUCUGCCCCACUCCCUUUCACACCGGAAGAAAAAGAACAAGGAAAAAGAGAAACAAAGUUGGAAUCUUUUGAUCGUAGAGGAAACCGUUUUCCCGUUCCACUCUUCCUCAAUAAUACCCACUUCCCAGAUCCUGAUCUUCAAUCUUCAUCCCCUGGAAGCCCUAAAGCUGCUCCCUUUUCCCAAAAUGAAGCACACCCAUUUGAUGAAAUUACUCUUAGCAUCAUCCUCAGCGGCUGUCCUGCUCGUUCUCGCACUAACCCUCCUGUUUUGCUUAAGGAGAAGGGGAGGGAAACCCCAAUGCGACGACGUCGAGGUGGAACAGCAGGAGAAGAAACAGAGCGGCGAGACGGCGGCGGCGGCGGCGACAGAGGAUUUGGUGAGGUUUCAAGGUGGACAGGAGCUCACUGUCACCGACAUUCUCGAUGCUCCUGGAGAGGUCAUCGGGAAAUCAAAUUACGGUACCCUUUACAAGGCUUUGUUGCAGAGGAGCAACUGCGUCAGGCUGCUUAGGUUCUUGAGGCCCGUUUGUACUGCGAGGGUUAAGGAAUUUGGUGAUGUGGUUCAGUUGCUGGGUUGCAUUAGGCACCCUAAUUUGGUCCCUCUUUUGGGGUUCUAUGCUGGCCCUAGAGGCGAGAAGCUCCUUGUUCAUCCCUUCUUCCGGCGUGGCAAUUUGGCUCGUUUCAUCCGAGAUGGGAAUGCCGAGUGUCACAAAUGGACAACCAUCCACAGGCUAUCCAUUGGCAUAGCCAGAGGCCUUGACCACCUCCACACAGGACUCCAGAAGCCUGUGAUUCACGGCAAUCUCAAGUCGAAGAACGUAGUCCUCGAUCGCAGUGGAUCGCCUUGUGUAUCAGAUUUCGGCCUGCAUCUCCUCCUGAAUCCUACAGCGGCCCAGGAAAUGCUCGAGACAUCUGCAGCCGAGGGAUACAAAGCUCCCGAGCUGAUCAAAAUGAAAGAUGCAAGCGAAGAAACUGAUAUCUACAGCCUGGGAAUAGUACUGCUCGAGUUGCUCUCGGGUAGAGAGCCAGUGAAUCCGAAUCCAACUCCCGACGAAGAUUUUUACCUCCCGACGUCGAUGAGAAACGCGGUGCUUGAUCGUAGGAUCGCAGACAUUUACCAUCCGGACGUACUUGUAGACAGUGGGAGCGAGAGUGAGAAUUCUGUCAGGGAAGAGUGCAUAUUCAAGUUCUUUCAGCUUGCAAUGUCUUGCUGUUCCCCUUCGCCUUCUCUUAGACCAAACAUCAAACAGGUGGUGUGCAAGCUCGAAGAGAUGGGAAGAUAGCAACCUCUAGACUCUAGAGCAGCAGAAGUCACUUGGUUUUUUUGUGGGUAGGCACGAAUGAGGAAAAAGUUUAUUUCUUUGGUGGCAGAAACCAAACUCAGAGCGGCAUUCAGCAUGCACGCAACAUCCAUGGAUGAUGACAUAAUGGGAUUGUAGCUAGAGUCAUCUACAGACGUGUCCGGGGCCAUGUUCCACAAGAAGCCAGAAAUUGGUGAUCGGUUUUUUGUCGGGUCUUCUGGGAAUUGCGCUUUACGUGCCCAAAAGCAUCACCAGCACAUACAAAAAAGAAAGAUUGGUGCUUUAUCUGGUUGCAGAAGAAGGCAUGCACGUUCAUGAGAAAGAGCCAAUCGCCAAACAGGAAAAAGUGUCACUCUUCUGUCGUCUAACUGAAGCUAACAAAAGCCUUCAUGGGUUGAAGGAUCGACUCAGCUAUAGCAAUUUCGGUUGGCGGGGUUUCCUUUGAGAAAACUUCCAAACGAAUGAGUCCAAGCGACUGAGAACUUUAACCAGAAGUGCAUGCUCGAUAACGAGCCGAGAGCCUGAACGAGGCGAAUCUCGACUCGAUUCGCCGCUCAUUAACAGCCAUUCAUUAAUGAAACAUCAUGGUUUGUUGGAGAUAGGAGGGAGGCAGUGGUAUCCCAUCUCACAAUUGCAGCAGAUAAUUAAAAACCUCCAACUACCUCAUUACAACAACCAUAAUCAUCAAUAAUGCUUGCUGGAUGGUCAAUGGUGGUCGUUGGUUGGUUAUAAUCAUAAUUCAUAAACAUAGCUCGGGAUUGGAUUGGAUUCCACGCCUGCUGUCUCACCAAUGGAGGGACCAUGGCCAUGGGGAAUGGAAUACAGAAGGGGACCAGUUUUCUUUCGUUGAGAGCUUCAAUUCAAGUACCACUUUAAUUCCUUUUAUUAGCGACGUUAAUGCCGCCAUCAAUGGGGACCGCUUCCCGCCAUUUUCCAUUAUCCCAAGAAAAAGGAAAGUAGCCCCUUCUUCUUCCAUUGUUUGACCCUCCCUUCAUUUUUCUUGGUAUCAGGGAGAACCCAGUAUUGAAUGGCCUCUGGAGCUGUGGAGAUCUUGAAUUCAAUGCCUGCCCUGCCUUUCCAAACCAGUGAUUUGUCUCCAUCAGGAAACUGCAACAACUACUUUAAUACUGCCCACUUCCCAGAUGCUUCAAAUCACUGGAAUUGUCAAAAUGCAG